GAUAGUUGGAACAAAAUGGCAGAACCAGAGAGCAAGGUGGUGGAGGAGGUUAAGGAGGAGGAGGAACACGAGGAAGGGGUCGAUGAGGCAGAAGGAGAGCAGGUUAGUGUUGGGGAAAUAGCCAAAGUGAUGCAGAACCCACAGCUGCUAUCAGCAAUUCAGGACAAGCUUUCUAACAUGGUGGGGACGCCAUCUGGAUACGUGCAGAGUCUUCCUAAAGUUGUGAAAAGGCGAAUUAAGGCAAUGAAGAAAUUGCAGUUUGACAUUGUGAACGUAGAAUCCGAUUUUUACAAGGAGGUGCAUACACUUGAGUGUAAAUACGCUGCCAAGUAUGCUUCAAUGUUUGCCAAGAGGAAGGAAAUUCUGCUUGGUACAGUUGAACCAACCGAUGAGGAAGCUGAUUGGCCGAGUGAUGAGGAGGAUAAGGACGAUGAUUUACCAGAGGAUCUGAAGCAGAAAGCUGUAUUAGAGGACAAAACGGACGAAGAGAAGAAAGAAAACGAGGAUAAAGAUAAAGAAGACGAUGAUGUCAAAGGAAUUCCUCAUUUCUGGUUAACUGUUUUUAAGAAUGUAGAUAUGCUAUCAGAAAUGGUCCAGGACCAUGAUGAACCUAUUUUAGAACAUCUUCAAGAUAUACAAGUGAAAUUUUGGGAAAGUGAUCCUGUUGGUUUUACACUGGAAUUUUACUUUUCACCAAAUGAGUAUUUCAAAGAAACAGUGUUAACAAAACAGUACACAAUGCGGUUUGAACCAGAUCCGACCGACCCGCUAUCUUACGAAGGUCCUGAAAUCAUCAAAUGCAAAGGAUGUACUAUCACUUGGAAUACGGGGAAGAACAUCACUGUCCGUGUUGUGAAGAAGAAACAGAAACACAAGGGUCGAGGAACCACGAGGACCGUCACGAAAACUAUUCAGAACGACUCGUUUUUCAACUUUUUCAAUCCGCCCACAGUACCAGAAGGAGAAGAAGGAGAUAUGGAUGAGGAUCUGGAGGCCUUACUAGCAGCUGAUUUUGAAAUUGGUCAUUUCAUCCGAGAGAGAAUCAUCCCCAAGGCCGUUUUAUACUUCACUGGGGAAGCCCUAGAUCACGAAGAGUUUGAAGAAGAAAAUGAGGAAGAACAUGAUGCUGAUGAAGAUUAUAACGAAGAUGACGAUCCCGAUUUUAACCCACAGGAUUCUGAAUAAACUUGCAUCAUUGAGAGCUUUAGGGUGAGAAACCUGCCGAAUGCAAACAGCAAUAGCUACAUGAUUAGGAACAAAGUGAAGUUAACACGGAUACCAGUGUCAUUGAACUAGAGACCAUUUUGUGUGUGUCGCUGCAACUGGCCCAGUCAUCUUUUGUCAGUCGCUGUGCCGGUCUAAUGGUACCGAGGCUGGCUGAACUGGUGGCCUGCGCAUUUAUCACUUCUGUCAGUGGAGAACUGGUAACUACUGCAGGACCAACAGAGAUGGGAGACUGGACUCUGACCACAAUCUGCCAUCCCUGUUGAUGACUGUCGACUAUCCCUGUUGAUGGAUAUCAAGCAUUAUUAUGGUGCUGCUUCGACUAUCUUGCUCUUUCCUUCAGUCUUAAUAACGAGAUCCAAGCAUGUAGUCAUCAAAUGCAGGUUUCACAUGCAAAAGUGUAACAGUUAACUGCUGCUAAGAACUAUUAAAAGCAAAUCAAUUCUCAUAACCAUUCUACAGGAAGGUUAAGUUUAUUUAUUUUCAAGCCCAAGAUUCAUACAGUUAACUGUGUGCAUUGACCAACUUCUCCUAGCAAACUACUUAAAUUGUCUAAACUUCAGUUCUUCUUCACUGUAUUAGCUUGUUAUUUGUGGAUAUGAAAUGAUUGGGAGUAUUUUCCUGAAGUCGUGUAAUUUAUGAAAGCAUGUAGAAGUAACAACUGUGUUUUUGAAUUUUUAAAAAUAAUGAAUUAUGGAGUUGUGAAGUAAAAAGUGCUUGAAAGGACAAUUACAUGUAGGUUUACUUUGGUUGUCUUGUUCAACCUCUCAACAUGUUUAAAAUGGAGUCACUUGUCCAACACAAUUAUAAGAGAUUUUUAGUAGCUGAAAUGUUCUGCAUUAUAUAGUUGUUCAUUUAUGCAAGACAAGACCAAAUUACAAUAGUGUCACACACAAUAUGAAGCUGUGGUGAUGAUAUUCAUCAGAUGAUGAGUGUACAGUCGUAAUCAGACAGAUCAGUGCUGUCAGUCAGUCUGACGUCUAUGGAGGGAAAAUCUAACUUAAGCAGGGCCAGCUCUGGCUCAGCAGAAAGGUUUGCCAUAUUAUCUAUUAAAUUUACAAAUUUUAUAGUUUUACAGUUAUUUUGUGACAAAAUAUCAAUUACUACAUGAAAUAUUUGUUCAGAUUAAAAUAGAAUGUGUUGAGUACCAGAGUGAUCCCUGCUGAGACUAGAAUGAGUGCUCUGUCAUGUUUAAUACAUCAUCACUGUCGGCUUUGUUGUUACUCGAGUUAGGAAUAUUGCUGUUUUCAUUUACCAUUUUGUGGAUUAAGUUGCAUAAUCAGUUGCUCAUUUUCAUUUGCCACCAAUGACAUGUUAGUUUUGGGAGUUCAAAUUUAAUUUUUAUUGUUGUUUUAACAGUAAAUUGUGAAAUUGUCUGACAUCUUUACUGGUAAGUGGCUGAUAGUGGCCGCUAUGAUUAUGCAACUUGCAAAAAAAUUCUGUGUCAAUUUUGAGAUCAUUGCAGGUAUGUUAUUUAUUGGUUGCUUUCAAAAGAUGGCAAUGAAAUACCGCAUAUUGGUUUCAUUUCUCAUCAUACAUUGCAUCCUCAGGGGUUUUCGGGAAAGUAGUAAAGAAUCAGGUUACACUUGUUUAAUCAGGGGUUUUCGGGAAAGUAGUAAAGAAUCGGGUUACACUUGUUUAACCACAAGCAUCUCUUAGGAAUGUUUAUUGCAAUCAAUUUUUGGAUAUUGCUUUGGCCAGUUUAUUUAUUUUAAGUGAAUUUAAACAUGUUUUGUUAAGAAAAACCCUAAACAACUCGAUAAGCAGGGUUCACGCUGUUUGCCACGGUCAGAUUGAAAGUUGAAUUUCAUAAAUAUAUUAGCAAUAAAACUAGGUUAGGUUUGUGAAAACAAAGUUGAAUUUGGCUACAAACUUUCAAACUUGGUUAAUAUUUAUCCAACAAUACAACAUAGUUUGAAAUAACACCCAUUGAUUCUGGUUUAGUACCAGAACAUAAUCUUUAUAAAAGUAAUAAAACUAUGUAGGCCUGUAUAGGGGUGUAUGACAUUUAUAUCAUGACUCACCAGUCCAGCAUCGAACUCAUCUGUAACUAUAUUUUUAUGCAUCCUCCACAAUGUUAAACACAUUUAUGCACUAAGUUAUAUUUCGGUUCACAUAAAACCACCCGUGGAGGACGAUCUGAAGCACACUGGAUAAUGUGCAAUUUUUAAAAACUUCUUAUUUUUUCUUUUUUUUCAAAUGUCAUCAAAAGUGUGUCCUGAUGCUUCAAUGUGCAAUAAUCUGUAGGAGACAUCUUGCUAUGAAAUCGGGAGGAAACAAAUCCAGACAAAAAUGUCAAAUAAUGAAAACUGUUAGUCUUUGGGCACAUGUAAUAUGAAUGAAGCAGUGUUUAACCGGUUAUUGAGAGACCCGUGUUGGGAAUCGGUUGGAAUUUUAUUAUUGAUGAUCGAUCGGUCAAUUUUAGAUCCCACAAAUCAGUUAAAAGAUCUUCAUGAGAAAGAUCUUCAUGAGAAGGAUUUGAAUUAAAUGACUGUUGUUGUGCAACUUGCUAAUUUUACCUUCAAUAACUAGUAUAUUUUUUCUAAACAUGUUUAUAAUUCCAUUAUCUAAACUGGAGACACAAUUACUGUUAACAUUUUCCCACACAAUCGAUUAUUAUUAUCAAUAUUACAUUGGUUGAGCCUAACUGAUUAAUUUUCUAUUAUAGCCACUGGAACAUCACUACUGUGUAAUGAGACAUUCAAAUCUUUUGAUUCCAUGACAAAGUGUGCAUCUAAAAUAAAUUCUGUAACUUCUUAAUUUGAAAAACCUGGCAGACAGUGGGUAAUAAUCGUGGGUUAUGCGUCGAAGUCAUGCUCCCCAAGAAAAUGAUGAAUUUUUUGGUGGGGGUGUGGAAUAAGAAAAUUUACUUGAACAUUAUGACCCCCUGAAACCCAACCCCUGCACACAUGCCAGUAGUGUGGUGAAGACAGGUUUUUCUCUCUCGAUGUAACAAUGCUACAAACAUUUGCACAUUGGACCAUUACAAACACCUUUGAUGGAUGUUUGUGUGUUGGAAAGGGAGGUUCACAUAGAGAUAAAUUUUUAAUGCAUUUAGUGAAUUUUGUCAUUUUUACUGUUAAAUUAAAAUUGUUGCAUGUGUUUUGGGGUAUUUGUUUGGGCCUUGUUGACCUCUUGCUUCUAUAAACUUGAUGUUGCCUGCUACAACGGCUGGUCAAAUGCAAUUGUACAUAUGUUUUAGUUAUACUUCGUUCUUCGAUGCCUUUUAUCCAGCUCGGGACUCUUGUUUGUGUUGCAGCAAGAUUGACAAGUAAACAUUUGGCCACAUUUGUUAAUAAAUAUUCACAUGGUUGAAAAAAAGAAAAAACUAUGGUAAUCUCACAAAACUAAAUUAAUUAAUUUGGAAAUAAAACUUGUAUCGUAAA